AUGGAACAACGGCAGGAGGCAGAGAAGCAGGAGGAGGAACAAGCACUGGCGUACAGGGACAGAAUUGGUUUUGUUGGCGCUGGGCAGAUGGGGGAGGCAUUGAUAUGCGGCUUCAUAAGGGCGGGGAUCUGCUCUCCCAGCCAGUUGUGUGCGUGUGUACGUUCUGAGGAGCGGAGGCGAAGGAUGCUGGAACUAGGACUCCAGGUGUUUGGAGACGCCACGCUCGGCGGCGCUGCAGAGCUUGCGGCAGCCUCAGACAUCAUCUUCCUAGGGGUGAAGCCUCAGUACUUGGACGGCGUGCUGGAGGCCUUGCAGCCCCAUGUGACGCCCAACCACCUCAUUGUCUCCAUAGCUGCCGGAGUGAGGCUGGCCAGCUUGGAGGCAGCCCUGCCAGAAGGCAGCCGUGUGAUCCGGGUGAUGCCCAACACGCCGUGCCUCAUAGGCCAGGCAGCCUCCGCCUACGUGCUGGGGAACCAUGCCACCAACGAGGACGCUGCGAAGAUCUACAUGCUACUGUCCUCAGCAGGCCUGGCUGUGAGUGUGGAGGAGCGCAUGAUGGAUGCAGUCACAGGGCUGAGCGGGAGCGGGCCGGCCUAUGUGUUUCUGGCCAUUGAGGCAAUGGCGGAUGGAGCUGUGGCAGCCGGCCUGCCCCGCGACAAGGCCCUGGCCCUUGCAGCCCAGACCGUCUCUGGCGCUGCCCGCAUGGUGUUGGAGGGGUCGGGGGACGGCAGCCUGACGCACCCGGCGCUGCUGAAGGACCGCGUGACGUCUCCGGCCGGCACCACAAUCGUGGGCCUCGCCGAGCUGGAGACCUCCGGCGUCCGCGGAGCCCUCAUCCGCGCCGUCAAGGCCGCCGCCAAGCGCUCCGAAAACCUCGGCUGA